AUGAUUAUUAGUGAGGUUAAGAAGGUGAAUCUUAGAGAAUUAAAUCCAUAUUUGAAAGAUAGUGGGAGUGGUUAUCCAGACGGGUCUGAUGGAGUAAAGUCUGCGAGCCACCUUUUAUCAUCCGCAGUUGUUGGCGAUGGAGGUGCCAGCUGGAGGCUAAAAGCUUUGAAGAGAGCUCAAGAGCAAGCAGCUCGCGAGGGACGGAAGCUUGAGGAGGUGGUUGAAGAGCGUUGGGGUUCCAUGGGUCAAUUUGCAGCUUCUGUGGCUUCUCAUAGAGUUGCACCAACUCAUGCUCAUCUUCAUGCUACGAGAAAUAGGAAGAAAGAGUUAAUUGAAGAAGAAAGGACAGUCGUAAAUAAUGAAAAUAAUAAUUCUGCUGAGAAGAAUUCUGAUCGGAAAAGCACUGUGGGUGCUACCCCUCAGCAUCCUAGAAUGAGAGUGCCAAAAGUUCGAGAUUCUUUAUCAUGGGGGAAGUGCAGAAAUCGAAGUAUGUCAACUCAGGAUUCUGCUCUGGUCUCUGCUGCUAUGUCAAGCUUAAAUAGAUUUGAUAAUGAUGGAAGCUUCAUGCAUAAAUUUGUGCAUCAGAAGAAUGAUAAUUCUAUUGAUCUCAGUAUUUCUUCACGUUCUAAGUCUGAGGAAAGAGCAGAACCAAAAUCAGUUGGGUACGAAUCUGAGGAAUCUAAAGAAGAUGCGUCAAUUGUGAAGCCAGCGAUGAGUGCGAAUCAGUUGGCUGCAAAAGCCUUGCAACUCCAUAUGAAAGGAAAGCAUGAAGAAGCUGAAAAACUUUUGGUAGGAAUCAAUUUCAUCUUCUCUCCCUUUCACUUUAUGUUCAUUGAACAUCUUCUGCGUCUCAAUCACUUGCUGCUCUGGCUCUUAAAAGUACCUGAAAGCAUAAAUUACAUUACAUCUCUUUAUCUUCUUGUGGUUCUGGACACUUGUUUACCCAUAGGUCCAGCACUUCUUUGGUCCUGUAAUCUUGGACAUUCUUAUUUGGAUAGGAAAUAA